CGUUAAUGCGCUAAUAUUGUAAGCGCGUGUUCUGAAUACGGGAAAGAUCAUGUCGUGUAAAAUGGAACUUAUAAAAAAUGUUUUGGAGAAAGUGGCGAAUGGCAAAGGCUUUGGUCGAUGUAUGAAAAAUAUAAAGUUGUUGUCGGCUGGCGAUGGAAAGUGCAAAGCACAAUUUACUGUGGCUGAGGAACAUUUGAAUAUUGGUGGUUUUUUACAUGGUGGUUUUACUGCUACUGUUAUAGACUGUGUAUCUACAUAUGCAUUAAUGACUCACAAAUAUGAUCCUCCUCCUGGUGUUUCUGUAGAUCUGCACGUGACAUUUUUGAAGGCUGCAUUUCCUGGUGAAAUAGUGACGGUUGAUGCUAAAACUAUACGUACUGGAAAGAAUUUAGGUUUUCUCGCGGUAGAACUCACAAAGAACGACGGUAAGGAUAUUGUUGCUCGUGGGCAACAAACGAAAUACCUUGGAUAGUCAUUUAUGCAAAGAAACUAAGAUCAGUUUGAUUCAAAUGUCAAUAAAUGUACAUAAAAUAAAGAGUAGAAUA